AAGCACGAUCGACGCAACACAACACAACCACCCGCCAGCAUCUCACGACGCAGCAGCGAAGAACAUCCCCCCCCCCCCACCUCUGUGCCGGCACCAUGAAGUCUGAGUCGGCCAGCCUGGAGAUUGACCUCAUGUCUGAGGAAGGGACACUGAUGCGGUCGCGGUCGUCCAAGACAACCGGCUCCUCGUCCUCAUCGCCCGUCAAUGCGAAGAAGUACCUCAUCCUGGGCUACUCUGCCGUGGCCCUGGUCAUCAUCAUCUGCGGCAUUGCCGUCGGCGUCUCCCUGCACAACAGCAGCGACCCCGACGCCGCCAGCAUGACCCAGAUGAGCGCCACCUCCGCCUCCCUCUGUGGCAUCGUCGCCCCAACUACCGAAGACUCGUCCACGCCCGUCGUCUGCUACACCCUGCACACAAACACCCCGGGCGGAAACUACCGCGUCGUCUCAAGCUCAAUCACGCACGCCUGCGCCCUCUCCACCUUGGACACCGCCGUGUGCUGGGGCGCCGCCUGCGACGACGACCACCCCUCGUGCCCUGCCGAGCUCAAGGCAAGCAAGCCCGUGUGGGACCGCAGCGACGAGCAGUUCACCGCCGUCGCCGUCGGCGACUACUCCACCUGCUUCCUGCGCAAGGCUGACGGAACUGCCAUGUGCCGCGGUCGCAUCAGCGUGCCCGCAUCCGCGGCAGCCACCGAGUUUGUCGACAUCACCAUCGAGAACGACGUCGCCUGCGGCCUCACCGCCACCUCCCAGCUCGUCUGCUGGGACCAGGACAACACCGUCUUCAACAUCCCCGCCCUCAGCGACGGCAUCCUGCAGGUCGCCGCCAGCUUCACGCCCCCAGAGCCCCCUAUGAUCACAGACCCCUUCCUCACCUCGGACAGCAGCGAGAGCCAGCGUCGCCGCCGCCGCCGCCGCAACAUCCUCGAGCCGCAGCCGGCCACGCUCGCCGCCGAGGACCAGCGCAUCGCCUGCGCCAUCUCCCUCACCCACAAGCUCUACUGCAUCAACCUGCAGCCGGCAUCGAGCACGGCCACCCCGACCUGGUCCCGCAUCCUGCGCUCCUCCACCGCCGCCGGGUUUGAGAUGGUGGACGUGUACGGCGGCCGCGGCUGCGCGCUCACCCUCGCCGGCCGCAUCGAGUGCUUCGAGCUUGCCUCCUACGUGGACCCGCUCCCCGCCAUGCCCGCAGAGCUCGCCGACGUGCGCUUUGGUGCCGUCGAUGUCACGCAGAGCGCCGCGUGCGGCCUGUCCACGGACAACAGCCUCUACUGCUGGGGCGACAUCUGGACCUUUGGCCAGGUCAAGAUCCCCAAGCGGCCCCUUGUGCCCUCCGGGUCCUCGGUCACGGCCCCACCCACCAGCGGCAACAACACCAGCAACGCGACGGCCGCCCCAGGCGCCUUUGAGUGCCCGAGUGGCACGCGCCGCCUCCGCGACGGAUCCUGCGAGGACGUCAACGAGUGCGCUGCUGGCACGCACGCCUGCCCGCGCUUCAGCUUCUGCGAAAACACGUACGGCAGCUACGAGUGCCCCUGCUUCCCCGGCUACGCCAAGGAGAGCGCGGGCUCGGAGACGUGCGUGGACAUUGACGAGUGCGCGCUGGACACGCACGACUGCCACGUCAACGCCACCUGCGUCAACUGGCGCGGCAGCUUCUGGUGCACGUGCAACAUCGGCUUUGAGGGCACGGGUACGGAGUGCGUCGACAUUGACGAGUGCGACCGCGACACACACAACUGCCACGAGCAGGCCACCUGCACCAACACCGAUCCGGGCUUCUACUGCACGUGCAACGCGGGCUGGGAUGGCUCUGGCGUGAACUGCAGCGACGUGGACGAGUGCGACCUCAACACGUACAACUGCCGCGCCAACUCCUACUGCAACAACACCAUCGGCAGCUACGAGUGCCCCUGCCUCGACUACUACCGCGACACGGGCCCCGCCUGCGUGGACAUUGACGAGUGCGGCGAGUCCAAGGACCACUGCCCGAUUGACGUUGCCUGCAGCAACACGGACGGCUACUUCUCGUGCGGGUGCAGCAACCAGGACCAGUCGUUCUCCUACCCCGCGGACGUGGACUCCUUUGUUGGCCUCACGCGCGCCAGCGGGCUGCCCGUCUUUCUCGUCUCGGGCUUCAACGCGUCGGGGUACUCGGCGCAUCUGCUGUGGUGCGACGACCACGACUGCGCCAACCCGACCGUGUUUGAGUCACCGGUGCUGUUUGACGAGGCGCCGCACGCCAACAUCCUCAGCGACGACACGGUCAUCCUUGCCGGGCGCCGCGUCAACUCGCAGGUGCUGCUGUACCGCUGGUGCAGCGAUGUCGGCUGCACGGUCACGGGCACGCACCAGGUUGACGACGCAGGCUACGGCACGCGCGUCGGCGUGGACAGCAACGACGACAUUGUCAUCAUGACCAGCAGCGACACGGAGCUCAAGGUCAUGCGCUGCGACGCGCCCGAGUGCAUGUGGGGCGACCGCCUGGUGAACGCAACCAACAAGGCAAACAGCCCCUACCUGGACAUGGUUCUGACGGACCAAGGCCUCCCCGUUGUGACGCACCUGGAGUCGCGCUUCCUGGGCGUGUUCACGUGCGUGGACGACCUCUGCUCCAACUUCACGGGCUCUGAGACCCUGGCCACGGACGACGGCUUCAUGUCGUCGAUUGUGCUGCGCACGGACGGGCGCGCGGCACUGGUGUGGCGCCAGCAGUCGAGCGGCAAACUCAUGUUUGGCCUGUGCGACGACGCCGCGUGCAGCACGAUUCAGACGCGCGAGCUGACCAACGGCGGGUACUUCCCCACCAUUGACCUGAUGGAGGGCGACUGGCUGUACCCAGGCCAGUACCCCGUCAUCACCCACCUCAAAUCUGUCACGGGCACACGCACAGUGCAGCUUAUCAAGUGCACGUCGCUUGACUGCAGCACCAAGGAUACAACCGUGCUGCAGAGCACGGGAUAUGGAGGCGCGUCGGGCGUCUUCUACAACCCCAUCAGCCACUACCUCUACACCAUGGAUGAGUAUGGCUCCCAGGCCGAUGGCUGGCGCCUCAGCAAGCACUGCAUCAACCACUAAACUUGUGUGGCACAAGUAGACUUGGCUGGCUCGUGUUAUCUGUUUGAUGUGUGUGUGUAUGUGUGUGUGUGUGUGAAGGAUGGAUGGAUGUCGAGAGAGAGAGAGAGAGAGCAGAGGAAGCGCAGUGAAGGGGGAGACGGAGGCGAUGGAGGAGAGAGAGGAGGAGCCCCGCAUGACAUGACAUGACAGAGAGAGAGAGAGAGAAGAGAGAUGGAUUGAUUGGGAGCGCGAGACAGACAAGACCACAACGUCAUCAGCACGGCUGGGGUUGGAUCCAGGAUCCAGGGCAAGAAGGGUGUCACAUCAUGUCACACAUGUCGCAACUUGCCGGCAAACGCAGGCAGACGAGUUGUGGCACCCGGCAGCUGCUAUGCAGCCACUCUCCACUUCAGCCCACAGCAACUGCACUGCUUGAUGUGAUUGUCGGUGACGUUGCAACCUUGAAACGCAUGACCAUGAUUUGUUACAAGACAGUUGUGUGUGUUGGCGCUUGUGUGUUGGUUGCUUACAUUGCUUGCAUGUUCCUCGACUUGCAUAUGUGUGCGUGUGUGUAUCUGCCUGUUCUCUCAUUUCAAUUACUGGGCGUUCUGUCUGUGUGCGUGUGUGUGUAUUGGAGUGCACGGGUGGAUGGGAAGAAGGCGUCUCUUUCUUCGUUCAAAUAAACUCCUCGACAACAACAA